GACAACUAUUUCACUCACAUCAGGAGACUGUUGAUGGUGAUCGGGAUCUGGAGAGUGGAAGAUCCCGACACAUCAAUUCUCCGCAAACGGAUCUAUCGAGUCUACUCGGUAUGUUUCCAAUCAUUGUGCUAUUCCGUAAUAUUCUCUUUGCUAGCGGAAAUUCCAUCCUUGUUAAAAUCCGACCGGACGGCUGCGGUGGACAACGGGAACAGGUUCAUCAUGUACACGUCUCACAUCGUGUUUAAAAUGAUAGCGUGGCAGUCCAAGCGAAUGGUAGCUCUGCUCGGGGUCCUCUUUCGGCAAAACCGGGAGAUGCAAGCAGCAUCUCUUAUCGACCCCCAAAUACGUCGGUUGUAUCAAAGACACGCGAGGUUCAACUACAAAAUAAUGUUCGUCUUGUUCGGCGCCGGAACCGUUUUAACAGUUAGCCUCCCCGCCGUAGAACUCAUGGAAAUUUACGAAUUCCUGGUAUCGUCGGAGAAGGCCAACGUCACAGAGAAGCCCCUGCCUCUCAGGUUCUGGUACCCCUUCGAUAGAAACAAGCACUACGUGGUCGCCUUGGUGGACCAAGGUAUUAGACCCACGCUAAGUUGUUUUUGCGCAAGUGUGACGAGCGCUUGUCUGAACUCACUGGCCAUAUUCGUCAGGGCUCAGUUGAAAAUGUUGCAGUACUAUUUCCAGUACUUCCACCAGCGCGACGAGGAAGCUUUCGUCACUCUGAAGAAGUUGUGCGUCAGGCAUCAACGCUUGAUAAAAUGCACCAUCGAGUUCAGCGAGUCACUGAAAUACAUAGCGCUGAUGGAUUAUACAGUUUGCUCUGCUACAUUCGCGUUGCUGGUCGUUCAGAUCACCAUCGGCAAAGACGUAAUAACUAGUUUGGCCGUUUUAUCGUUUAUCACGCUCCAGUUGAUAACUUUUUCGUGGAACUGCAACGAAAUUAUACUGCAGAGCACGGAGUUGACGAACGCACUUUACGAAAGCGACUGGUACGAUCAGAACCAGAAUGCGAAAGUGCUGAUCCACAUAAUGAUGAUGCGGUGCCAGCGACCUCUGAGUGUGCAUAUGGGUUGGCUGGGGGUGAUGGAUUUGGAAGCAGGAAUAUCAAGGCUGAAAUUGGGUUAUUCAUACACUUCGAUGGCGAAGAACUAAUACUGGUUUCAAACGAGACGGUUAUUGAACGUAGCCACUUAAAUGAAGAAUCUCAAAAGUUAACGAAGACCAAAUUUUAAUCCCAUAAAACACUUUUACUGUAAAUCAAUUUUCACCAGCUUACAGAUUAUGAUCCUACCAUCUAUAUACAAAUACUGAUCUUUAUCAUAUAUAUCUUGUAUAUUUUAUAUACCCAAAAAAUAUGUAAA